CGCAUACUUAAGUCAGUUGCGAAAAUCCGCUCUACAAGAGUGGGACUGUUUGUGCGUGAAAACUAAGACGGCGGGAAGCGUGUUAAAUAUUAAAUUUGGUGAAAUUAUGGCAUCAUUUGUACUCUGCGGGAUUCUUUGCAUAACACUCAUGUGGGGGACGCGAACUGCACCUGCAAGUGCAACGCCACUAAUAGUACAAAAACGAACAACAAACACAAUGGAAGUUACUCAGCAAGAGGAUGUGCGCGCCAAACGGAACAUCGAAGUGCCGCCACCGGAAAUCCUACGUUUUAUGCGACGCUUCGGCUACUUAGAACCUAAUCCGAGCGACUCUGAAUCGCUUUAUCAUGAGUCGGCAAUAGUGGAAGCUAUAAAGAAUGUACAAAAGUAUGGAGGGCUCAACCAGACGGGCAAGCUGGACAAUGAAACGUUGGAGCUAUUCAUCAAGCCACGCUGUGGUGUCCCCGACAUUGAGGGCACUCCAUAUUAUCUCACCAGUAGUACGCAGCGUGCUUUCGUAAAUGGCAGAAGAGGCAAAAGAAGUGAAUCAGAGCUUGAUAAUGUUUUUACUUUACGAGAGAAACGAUUUGUGAUCGGCGCACCUACUUGGAAAAAGCGACGUAUAAGUUAUCUCAUCGCCAAUUGGUCUCUGAAAAUCCCACAAUCUCACGUGGAGCGUGACAUUGCACGCGCCUUCGCACUAUGGGCUCAAUACAGUGGACUUCGAUUUGAACGCAUCAACGACACAAGCGCCGAUAUAGUAAUGGGGUUCGGCACACGCUAUCAUGGAGACAAUUUCGCUUUUGAUGGACCUGGCAACAUCCUCGCACACGCCUUUUAUCCCUACGAAAUGGGCUCCUGGGGUGGUGAUGUGCACUUCGAUGAGGAUGAACACUGGCAAGAAAAUUCUACGGACCUAGCAACGGGUGUAGAUUUUUAUGCGGUUGCAGCUCAUGAAAUCGGCCAUAGUUUGGGUUUAGCUCAUUCGCCGCACUACAACUCGAUUAUGUUUCCGUACUACAAAGGACCGGGCGCAGGUACAACUCUGGAUUAUGACGACACGUUGGCGAUGUAUUCGAUAUACUUAACCAAAGUUUUGGAAGACGACGAAUAUAAUGGCAUUGCAACAACAACACAAGACCCAAAAGUCGUUGAAACCACUACCAUUGUGGAUGAAGAGAGAACCGAGCAGACAGCUAAAGCUAGAGAUUGGUCUUUUUAUGAUGAUUUUUUAACUGGAACUCAAUAUAAAGAUCACGUUUUUGCAACCACACAACCUGCGGAACCCGCGACGAGUCGUACGACGUUACGCACGACAGUGGCAAACACACCUCAACCAGGACUUUCAAAGAAACCAAAUAUAUGCCUGGGCAAUUUUGAUGCGGCCAGCGUUUUAAACGGAACGGUUCAUGUUUUCAAAAAUGAAUAUGUAUACCAGCUCACAUCGCGUUAUGCAAUAAAAAACGGUUAUCCACAGAAUUUAUACGAAAUGUUUCCAUUUAUGCCGACAUACGUUAAACGUAUCGAUGCUGCUUAUCAACGUUACGACGGAGUUGGAGUAUUUUUCGCAGGUGAUAAAUAUUGGUUGUUCCGCUACGAGCAAAGCACGCUUCCUGUUCCGAUCGAAAAUAGCCCCCUGCCGAUAGCUAACUUGAUUGGCAACGUUUCCAACAUUGAUGCAGCUAUGCUGUGGCCUAAAAAUAAUUUGACGUAUAUAUUUUCCGGUGACAAGUUUUGGCGAUAUAAUGACCGUUUGCUAAUACUGGACGAGGGCUAUCCAAAGUCGAUGCGUCGAUGGCACGGCAUUCCCAACAAUGUGGAUGCAACAGCGACGUUGAAUAAUGGCAAAACGUAUUUCUUUAAAAAUAAUGUUUACUGGUUGUAUGACAACGUUAAUAUUCGGCCCGUACGCGGCUAUCCCAGGCGCACUUCAAGUGCUUGGCUGGGCUGUGCUGCUUCAACGAAAAAACCACUACGGAAUCAAAAUACAACAGUUAUGUUUAUUGCACCUUCGGCUUUGACUUCGCUUUGGACUUCACUUUAUCCUUAAGUUUCUCAUUCAAUUUUGAUUUUGCUAGUAAAUCGGAGGUAGAUCUUAAAAAUAUUCUGUGACUUAGAUCUAGCAUAUGUAAAUAAUAUGAAAUAAAAAAUGAAAUUACGCCUACGCUGCAAUAGAGCGAGGUCAGCAAUAGCGGCAUGAA